GAACCGCGGCCCCGGGACUGACGGGCGGCCGAGGGGAAUCCAGGCGGCGCGGGCAGGUGCCUGCAGUUCCAAGUCGCGGCGGAACAGGCUCGCGUUGGCGGGUGCCGGUGGCCCCGUGGCCCCGAAAGUCCAGCCGCCACGCGAUGGUGCCUCGACCCCACCUUCCCCUGCGAGUCCUGUUACACUUGGGCCGCCUCCUCGCGUACGUCCUCUCCGUGCGCCGCACGCACCACACACCUGCUAGGAAAACGCCGCCCGACCUUUCCAGUGGCGCCAAGCAGGUGGCGCAAGAACAGACACGGGGAAAGCGGCGGGCUAUGGGCUCGAGUUCCACACGCGCCCCAGCCUCUCCUCGCUGCCGCCUCCCGGCCCUCUCCGCCCCUUCUGGAGCUCGGGCGCGGGUUCCGACUUCCGCACCGACGCAUCCGCUUCCCCACGGCCGCCACGGAUACAGACACGUGAGCGCGACAACCGUAAAGCGCCGCGACGUCGUGCUUUUGUCUUUUUGUUUGGUUUCGUUUCCUGAUUUUGUUUCGCUAGCCAUACUUCCCAUUGCCUCCAGCUGUUGCACCGAGGUUUCGCAUCAUAUUUCCCGGAGGCUUCUGGAAAGAGUGAACAUAUGUCGCAUUCAGAAAGCUGAUGGGGAUUGUGACUUGGCUGCUGUUAUCCUUCAUGUCAAGCACAGAAGAAUCUGUGUCAGCCCGCACAAUCAUGUUAUGAAGCGGUGGAUGAAAGAACAAGCAGCCAAGAAAAAUGCUAAAGGCAGCAUUUGCCACAAGAGGCAACACCACGGCAAGGGGAGCAGUAAAGGGGCACAGCAGGAGAAGCAGAAAGUACACGGCCAUAAAACUCCCUAUUAGCGGGGUUACAAGUGAAUCCACACAGAUGAUUCCUGAGGUGAACGCGGCCACGGCUGGUCAUACACUGAUCACGUGAAUGUUCCUUACUAGGAGCCAUCAGUGCAAAACAAAAUAUGUGUAUUUUAAGAAAACAAGUGCACAGUAUGCAAAUGUAGGCUGUACUAUACUCAACAAUGAAAAGAUAGUAUGUAUCUUUAUAUAAUAUUUCAAGAGAAGUAUACAGAUACAUUCUUCCAAUUUUUUUAUUAUGAAGUUUUACAAAGCUACAGAGAAGUUGAAAGAAUAAUACAAUGAAACCUGUAUACCUUUCACCUAGAUUAGUAAUUAUUAAUAUUUUGCCACACUCAAUUCCUCUCUUCUUUGUGUAUAUAUAAAACAUUAUAUAUACAUAUAUAAAUAAUUUUUUGCUAAACCAUUUGAAAAUAAGUUGUGAACAUCAUGCUACUUAACUCCUAAAUCUUUUUUAGUGUUACAACUUAGCAUCCCUCAAGAAUAAAGACAUUUUCUACAUAAUCCCAUUAUCAGCUUUAUAUCUAACAAAAAUUCCAUCAUAUUUAAUAUAUAUAUAUUUAUACACACACACACAUACGUAUGUAUGUAUGCCACAUUUAAAUUCUCCCAACUAUUUGCAGAGCAUUUUAUAUAGGUUUUUAUUUCAGUUAGGCUUCAAUUGAUUGUUCUAGUUCUUUAGUAUCUUUUAAUCUAAGAAAGCCCCUCUGCUUUUUUUUCUUUUCUUUCUUUCUAUGGUAUAUACUUUUUGAAAAAGUUUAGGGCCAGAAUCUGUUCUACAUUCUGGGUUUGUUUUCUCUUGAUCACAUUCAGGUUUAACAUUUUCGGUAAAAAUGCUUUCUAUGUGAGUUUGUGUAUUUCUUACUGCAUGCAUUGAGUUCAUGAACAUUGAAAUUCAUUUUCGACAGAAAGUUUUAGCUGAAUAUCGCUUUAAAACAUCUAGUGUAACUACUAUUGUUUGCAUUGAUAAAUUCUGAUGAUGAAAAAAUAAUGUCUGCUUUGCUCUGCCAACCACAGUCAUUUCUUGGAGCACUAGGGGGUUGCCCAGGCUUGGGUUGCUUGUGGGAUGAUUUUACACUUUCCUGACCAAAGAAGUCUGCAUCUUUCAACUCCUAAUCCACGUUUCCCACUCCUGUGGGUCGAUUCCCAUGGCAUGGCUCCUCUUUUUGUCUCCUUAUUGUCCCCAGAGUCUCCGAGAUGUAGAGUAAGACUGAGCUUCCAUAGCCAGCCAUCAGAUGGCAGGCACAGGGCCCACUUUGCCAGGUGUCAGGUGUCUUGCACCUCCCUGCUGGUGGGUUCCAAGCAAUGGUGUUGCCAGGAUGACUUGGAGGUAAUAAUGGGGCACACAGAGGAACUGAGCCUGAUGUAGGUUAAAAUAUCACCAAAUAGUUUUUUCCUAAUACUAAUUUAGCAUGUGAUUUAUUUGUUGUCAAAUAUUGAUAUUUCUACUUUAUGGAUGAGGAACUCAGAGGUUCUUAGAGGUAAAAUGACUUGCACAAGGUCAGAGGGAAUGGCAGAGACAAUCCCCUUCCCAGUUCUCAGAUCAGCCCCAGCAGUAGACCCUAGGAGAUAUGGACAUAGGGGUCGGGCAGAGGGAGAGGAGUUCAGAUAAGGGUCUUGGCCCCUGGUGCUUCUCAAAGGGCUGGGAAAUGCCUGGGAAUUCCCAGUUGUCCUGGGAAGUCUGGAAUUAAAACAUGUUACUACUGGCAGUAUUGGUGAUGAUACUGGCAAUAACCAUCUUCAUAGAUUAAAAAUAGGCCCCAACCUGGAUGUACUGAGUUUCACACUCUGCAGUAGAGGAAAUGGCCCACUAUUUAUAGCCUUUGUUUUGAAAAAUCUCCCUCCCCACAUUCUUCUUUUCAACUUAAAGACCUAUUUUGUCCAAAAAUACAGCAUUCUUCCACACAGUCCCAUCAUGCUUUUUAAAUAUACAGGUGAUCCUGAGGAAAACGGUUCUUACGUGUCUUAGUUGGUUUGGGCUGCUCUAACUAAAUACCAGAGACUGGGUGGCUUAUAAACAACAAACAUUUAUUUCUCACAGUUCUGGAGACUGUGUCUGGUGACAGUCCUCUUCUGGGUUGCAGACUGCCAGCUUCUUACGUAGUAGAAAGCACUAGGGGCGCUCUGGAACCUCUGUAUAAAGGAUUAAUCCCAUUCACGAGGGGCCCACCCUCCUGACCUCAGCAUGUCCCCAAGACCCACCUACUAAAAUACCACCACCUUUGGGGAUUAGGAUUUCAACAUAUGAAUUUCAGACCAAACAUUCAGACCAUAGCACUAAAUAUUCUUUUUUAGUCUUAUAGUACUGUCAUCCAGCGUCACCAAAUUACAGGCUCUAAAAGCUGAAAAAAGCAACAUUAAAUAAAAAGGAAUUAAUAAAAUAAUAUGAGAGUAACUUAAAAAUAAGUCAAGUUUUAAAAUUAAUCAUCAUAACCAACAGUUAUGAAAAGAUAAAAUAAAAACAUUGAUUCCUAAUCCUCCCAACCCACAACUUGAAUUAUUUAAUCUUUUGUCUCUCCUUCCAGUCCAAAUCCAUAAUUCUACAUGUUUUCUAUAGUUAUAAUGACAAUAGGCUUAUAUGCUAUAUUUUAAAUUUUUUGCUUUAAUGCAAUGCAAAUAAUUGAAACUUUGUAUGGGAACUGUGUUUAUGGGAGAGCAGCUUCUUAAAGAAAUUACAUUUUAUAGAAUAUCCUUUUUAUCCAUUUUACAAUGCCUAUUAAAACAUUGUGUUGCUAAUAUUGUUAGAGUACUAUGAUUAGAUCAUCAGGUUAACCCCCAAAGUUUUUUUAGAUUACAUUUUUAUUGAAGUACUACAAAGUGUGUAGUAAAAAAAAAAUCAAAAUUACAGCAGUAGUUAAUAGUGAAAAACAUCCUCUUACUGUAUCCUCCUUAUUUUCAAACCUACAUCUUUCAGGCAACCUCUUUUAACCUUUCUAAAAGUUUUGGUUAUUCUGGUGGUAUAAAAGGAGGAAAAAGUUUUCUUUCACCCUCUUAUGUACCCUAACCAGGUCUGAAAUUUAAACUGUCAAGGACAGAGUCAAAGGAGAAAAGUACAAAAUUUAUUGUUUUAUGUGAUACAAGAUCCUUCAUGAGGUAAUGAUGACCAAAGAAAGAGUUAAACCUGAGUAUUUUAUGCUAGGUUUGAUGAAGUAUGGAUCAAACAUUCAGACCAUAGCACUAAAAUGUUGUUACUGGUCAGAACACUGUUUUUUUCCCCAAAAUCGUGUCUUGGAGGCAACGAAGAAUGAAGCCAGCAGACAAGAGUAUGGAGCAACCAGCAAAACUCUUUUAAUGAGUGAAAGAGAAAGCUCCUGCUAAUCAGGAGGGGCUCCAAGGGAGGAUGCUGUCAGGGCUGUGGUUUUGGGGUUUACAUUGCCUCCUGAGAGGAGGAAACCCCCCUUACCCCAUCUACCCCAAUAAAGAACUGAACUAAUGACAUCAUAACUCACUCCUGAUUGGCUGAAAGUAAAAUGCUGCUUUUGCAUAGGGCACAACCAAUCAGAGCAGCUGAGGUCUGUCUAAGUGGCUGAGUUGGUUUUUUUGUGUGGUUUUUUUGAAACUUAAAAGAGUCCUAAACUUUUUCUGCCUGUGUCCUACUAUCAUCUGCCUCAGUGAGGAAUAUGAUAGGUCAGAGAGUAUUAGGUAAGUGUGGUAAACUGGGGGAAACUGAAGAAUACUGAGUCAAGCCUCUUUGUCAGUAUUCUUGGUGUUCCUUUGCCUUCAGAGGUGAGGAUGCUGCUCCUUUCCUGCAGGUGAAGGAAAGAGAGGGCACCUCUUACCUGAGGGUUUUAUGACCUGUUUCAGGGGUCCAGAGUGACCUUCCUGAUUCUGCCUUUUUUUUUCCAAACUCCUUCAGUUUAAAAUAUUCAGUAUGCCAAGGUGUCAUUUUGAGGUUGCAGGUACUGAACCCCAUAAUUUCAACUGAAAUGCUUAAAGUAUCAUUUCUUUGUUUAUCAAUUCUAGGCAAUAUCUAUUGUCUCCUUUUUACUCCUUAUUUCCCUUCCCUUCUGUCUCCUCAUCUUGACAGUUUACCACCAUGAUUUUUCUUUAUCUUUGUAACUGAAUAAUAUACCCACCUUCCAUUCAUUAGUCCAUUAAUUCUGGAAUUAAUACCACAUUGUUCUUUCCUUUUCCUCCUUUUCUUCUAUCUUCCAUCUUGUGCCAUAUCCUUGGAACUUGAGACUUGGCCUCCUACAUCUUCAAAACUAGCAAUGACAUGUUGAAUCCUUCUCAUGUUUUGCAUCUCUGAUUACCUCAUCUCUGACCUCUAGACCCAGACAUAAAGGGCUCCUGUGAUUAAGUCAAUCUCACUUAGAUAAUCUCCCUAUCUUAAGAUCAACUGAUUUGUGACCUUAAUGGAAUCUGCAAAAUACCUUCACUGUAACGCCUAGAUUAGGGUUUGGGAGAAGGUAGGAUAUUUUUGGCCUAAUACUUUUACAUUUACAUGGCUGAAGUUGAUAGCUAUAAUUCUGUACUAUAAUAAUGUUUUUCAUGAUCUUUUUUAAGACAGGGUUUCUCAACCCUGGUAUUACUGACAUCCUGAGCUGGAUAAUUCUUUAUUGUGGAUAUUCUCCUAUACAUCAUAGGUGGGUUAGAAGUAUCUCUGGCCUACAGCCAAGCAUGCCUCCAAAUGUCCCCUGGAAAAGGGGAGCAAAAUUGCUCCUAACUCCAUUUGAGACUCACUGAUGUAGAAUCUAAGGUAGAUUCAAAAGUUGAAAACCAAUGUAGUUGGAGAAAUUCUAAUGUGACCCCCAAAAUUUCCUGCCUUGAUAUUUUCUAGACCUGCACAAAAUUUCCUAUACCUUCCCCCAAACCCUAAUCUAGGUGAUGCAGUACAGGCGUUUUGCAAAUGCCGUUAAGGUCACGAGUAUAUUAUGAUAGGGAGAUUAUCUGAAUGGGACUCACUUAAUCACAGGAGCCCUUUAUGUCUGAGUCUAGAGGUCAGAGACAGGGUAGUUAGAGAGAUACAAAAUAUGAGAAGGUUCAACAUGUCAAGGCUGGUUUUGAAGAUGGAGGAGACCUAGUUCCAAGUCCCAAGGAAUGCAGGUGGCCUCUAGGAGCUGGCAGAGGUCCCCAGCUGGCAGAUUGCAAGGACAUAGGGACCUUAGUCCUACACACACAAGGAACUGAAUUUAGCCAGGAACAAGAAUGAACUUGGAGCAGAUUCUUCUGUGAAGUCUCCAGAGGGAAUGAAGCCUAACCAGUAUCUUGAUUUCAGCCUUGUGAGGCCCUGCAAUAUAAUGAGUCAUAGGAAAUACACAUUUGGUCAUUCAUAUGACCAAAUAUAUAUCUCCCAGGUAUAUUUGGUCUUCACCCACAGUUCCUGAAAACACUGCAGUCUUAAAGGUGAAAUGGGUGUUUUGUCAUGUUAAUGAGAGACUUUUGGACCCCCACCCAAGGGCAGGGGAUGGAGGCUGAAUCAGCCAAUGGCUAGUAAUUUAGUCAGUCAUGACUAUGCAAGGAAGCCCUCACAAAACCCAAGAAGAGCUUAUCGCUCUCGAAUCCUGCUUCUCGUCAGGGAGACUAAGCUUGGGGAACCAGAAUGCUCCUGUGUGCCAUGGAGCCAGGCCCCAGGCUCCACAAGAAUAGAACUCAGUUAUUGGGGACCUUGCCCUAUGUAUCCCUUCAUCUGACUGUUAAUUUGUAUCCUUUAUGGUAUCCUUUAUUAAACUGAUAAACAUUAAAUGUUUUUCUGAGUUCUGUGA